CCUUUGCAAUCUCUCUCGAAACAGAAGUAUGUUUGGUCCUUUACUUACAAAAUGGAGGACCAAAAUGAAAAAACAUUUUCUGAAGCUGAAUAUUUAGAAUCACACGGCCAAGAAAAGGCAGCCUUUGAUAAAUAUUCAGAUUUUAUAGAGCAGACAUUAUCAUUGGUCAAACAAGACGAUGAAAAUGUCAAUUUGAAAAUAAGAUCCAAACUGGGACUAGCAUAUAAUAAUCGUGGAUAUUUACGAUAUUUGAAAGUGGAUUUUGACGAGGCCAUAGUUGAUUAUACGGCGGGCCUGAACUUUGAUCCAAAGAUGCAUUUCAGUUAUUACAAUAGAGGAUUAAUACAUUAUAGAUUAGGAAGAUUUGAAGAAGCUAUUACAGAUAUGAAGAAAUGUGUUCAACUAAAGCCAGACUUUGAACCAGCGCAACAAUGUUUAAAACAAUCUAUUAUAGAUAGUCAUAAUAAACAGAACAAAGAAUCCUGAUAAAGAUCAACAAAAGUUCUUGUGAUAAAGAUCAACAAAAGUUCUUGUGAUAAAUAAUUAACUACAUACAUCAGAAAUAAAACCGUGAUAAGCACCACAAGAAAUAGGAUUCGAAACAUGGUAAAUAGCCAUAUUGUGAUAGACUUAAUAACUUCAACAUAGACUGAAACUGCUUGCCAUCAUAAAGAUAAUUAUGAUAAACAUCAAAAUAUACUGUACUAAAUAAUUAACUAAUCAGUUAUAGUGAUUAGUGAAUACAGGAAAAAAAUCCUAAGUUAUUGUGUACUAUUUGUAAAAGUUGAUCGUAGACAGGGACAGAUUAAGGGAUCGGGCAACGGAGGCUCUAAUCGAGUGUGGUAUUGCAAUGGUUAAUAACCCACUCCUUGGAAACAAAAAAACAAAAAGACUAAUUAUGAAACAAUAUAGACAUACAACAUAUUUCACACAAGUUUCUAUCAAGCUUUCCGACCUGCAAAAAUGUUAAUGACUGCCUCAAGAUCUAUAUCAUCUACGGACAGACUUGGGGGCCCUUGUCACAGAGAUUCAGCGUUUUCUUUCAGUUUUAUGUUUGAAGAUUAUCAAAAAAAAAUUGGGUCGGAUGCUCACUCUUCCACCAUAAUCCGCUACUAAUAAUGGUACAAAGGAUACCACCUGAUUUACAUUAAAAUUUUAUAAAAGAGUAAAUCUCUGUUGAUAAGUCCUUGACCAGCACUGGACCAUACUUACUCAUAUUUUGAUAAUAAACAAUUUAUUUACAAAGUUUGUUUAUUUCAUGAAAUAUUACCACAAAAUAAUGUUAAAUGACUUGUGAAAAUGAAGAAUGAAAUAUAUACAAUUAAGGCCUGACCAAUUUAAAUUCAACUGAUCAUUGCACAGUUCCUGAUGUUUCUGUGAAAUGAUGUAAAAUUAGUAUUCAUCAAAAUCUUGUAAAUUUAUGCACAACUCUAGGGUUGAAUGACAAGCUUGAGAAUUGCAUCUAUUAUGUUACAUAUUUUGAACAAUGAAAUUUUUAGAUACAUCUGAAUAAAAUAUUUUCAGUUGUAAACUUUCUGGUAUAGACUAUGUCAAAUUCAAGUUUAAUAAACUUUUAAUGCAUCAUUUCAAAGACAGGAUUCUCAAUUUGAAACCAUUAACACAAAAUGAUGUCUUGAACACAGCUAGUCAUGUAACUACAUAACCAUUUAAAACACUUUGUCUUUGCUGCAGUAGAUGUUACAAAAUCAGUUGAAGUUUUAUUAUUCCUAAUUGAUCUUCCCAUUUUUAACGAGUUUUUAUGAACUUGACAAAAUACUGGAGAACACCUUUAAAUAAAGACAUAUCCAUAUCAAGGGGCGGUCACAUUUAUCAAGUUAGUGAUGAGUGGUACCAUGACUCAUUCAUACAUAACUUGACAUCCUGGUUUAGAUUAUCCAGUGUCAUAUCCUAUUUCAGUCUAUAUUAUUAUAAAAUAAAUAUUUUAUUUUCUUUCUAUCACUCGAUUUCACCAAGAUAUAUCUUCUUAUCACUAGAACAAGAUGAAACUGAAAAUAAAUAAAAACAAAACUUGAAACAAUGAGGAAAUGAUAGCAGUUGUCUGUCUCCCAAUAUGAUCAACAGUCAAAACAAUAAAACUUAAAUGGCUCAGGUCCCCUUGACAAAAAUCCUGUUUUAUAUUUAGUGCUUGAGGAAGAGUAUAGUUACUCUUGUAGAGCACCUGAUACCACUUCUCCACCUUUUGGGAACUUUACAUAUUUAUCAUAAGUUACCAAAGCUAGGACCCAAGUGUUUCCGUCCGUGCAAGGAAACCUCAAAUGCCUAAUGAAAUGGUUCAUAAUUUCUGGGGGAAAGAGUCAACCAGGUCCAAGCUGGCUUUAGAAUUGUCAGUGGCAACACCCAUCCCGACUAAGCUUUUAUUUUGUUCAGUAUUUACUCUUGUUUAGUCUUGAUAACCCAGACCAAUGAUUUAUUAGAUUCUUGCAUAGACUACAUUUGGUUGAGAACGAGGUACUUUAAUGGAAACACAAGUUGUUAAUGGAAAUGUCAUGAAUAUCUGUUAAACUUUUGUAUACUUACUGAUUGGUUCAAAUGGAUGGAAAUCAACUUCGUUUACAGACCCAGCAUGACCUGGUAAUUUAUAUAAAACCCUACGUGUUGUUGUAUCCCAGACAUACACAUAUCUGUCUCCAGAUCCGGCUGCUAUUUUAGCACCAUCUGGUGACCAGGCACAGUGCAGUAAAUUCUGAAAAAACAAAGAAAUUGAUUUUUGGGGGGGUCUACUCACUGUAUUGUCAUGAGAAAUAUUUCUUUUAUUUAAAAAUAAGAUUUCAGGAUGCAACAGUCAACGUUAUUAACCUCAAGUAGUAAUAAAUUAUUUCAAAAUU